AUUUGUGUUACUUUAUGGUUUAACCUGGAUCCUUGGUUCAUUCUGAUCGCACAAGAAGAAACCAGAUAGCAUGGAUCUGUUUACAGGACAAUCCAAGUACCGCAAGAUUUUGACUGUGGGAUUGUCCAUUUUAGUUUGGGAACAAGGUCUGCAGGAUGGGGUAUGAGCUGCAGGAGGAGGCUGAGCAAGCUGACAGUUGAGGUCGAUUUGGACUCUAAAAUUUAACUUCAAAAGAGGUUGUUCUCAGGAAAUUCUAGUGCAGGUCUAAAGAAAACUUAAUUUUCUGAAGAAGACAAACUGACAGCUACGGACAGAAAAAGAGCUUAACAGAAAUGAGGCAGAGAAGAUUGGAUGAUAGGAACAGCUAUUUUGGAGAAAAUGACAUCUUAAUAGAUACUCUAUCUCAAGAUGUUCUGGCCUGACAGUAUCACCUACCGGAUCCCAGGACCCCAGCCAGCCUCUAAACUUGCUUCCAACUCCACGGAAUCUCCCUUCCUCUUGGAUUCUCUCCCUCAGGCACUCACCAACUUGACCUACCUUCUGUACUGGCCUCCAACCCCAGGAGAUCAGGGGGAUCUUUUGGCCUCCACCAGUCCCAAGACCUCUACUUAUUACCUGAGGGGUCCUGCCCAGGCCAGCUAUACCUUGGGAGACUACUUGGAGGCUGUCCUCGUGGCCAGGGACCACCGGGGCAAGCCCAAGACCCAUGGUGGAGAUCUUUUUAGAGCACAGCUGCUGGGCUCAGAAUUAAAAGCAGGGGUUCCCGGGGAUGUCCAGGAUCUGGAGAAUGGCACAUACCUUUUGUCCUUCCCCUUGCUUUGGGCUGGGAAGGCCCAGGUGCAAGUGCGACUGAUCCACUCCAGUGAGGCAGUUGGGGUUCUGCGCAGAAUCUGGACAGAGAAACAGGCCACUGUUAAUUUUAGGGGAUAUUUCCGGGGAACACAAGGGCCUGAAGAAACUGUGAUUUGCAAUGUUGACCCUCAGUCAACUGGCACUAAAAGGGCUACCUGCCAGUACAGGGAUGCAGUUUCUGGUGAGCUCUGGUUCUGUGCGAAGCCUCCUACCUUGCCCUGCAACUCUUUAGUUGGUCACUCAAGUGGGAGUUACCGAAAAGUAACCACAAAACAUGAUGAGAAUCUACUGGCACGGAAUGUGACAGACCAACUGCUCUCUCAGGGCAUUUCUCCUAUCCUGGUCAGACCUGCAGCCACAAGCAAUACCACUCUGGCCCUGUCCCCACAGCUCCCGUGCUGCCCUGGCCUCCUGUCCCCGAAGCCCUCUGGCUUCUACCAUGGAAACGUGUGGCACUCCCUGGCCUGCUCCAGCCGCUCCUUCCCCACCGCGGAUAGCAUCGUGGGCUGCCUGGCUGGCCGCAUCGUCCACAUGAUGGGGGACUCCACGCUUCGGCAGUGGUGGGAGUAUCUGCGUGACACGGUGCCCUCCCUGAAGCCUGUGGAUUUACAUGUCACAUAUCAUGUGGGGCCCCUGAUGGCCGUGGACACGGCUCGGGGCAUAGUGCUGCACUGGCGGUUUCACAGCUGGCCUCUGCGCAAUAGCCGCACACCAGUGGCCUCCCUGCACUCAGUGGUCAGGGAGCUGACAGGUCUGGCCGGUGGUCCCCACACCGUGGUUGUGCUGGGCUUGGGAGCCCACUUCACCCCCUUCCACCCUUCCAUCUUUGUGCGACGCCUGGCAGGGAUUCGGGCAGCCGUGAUAGCCCUGCUGGCCCGGGCACCCAGUACUCUUGUGGUCAUCAAACUGGCCAAUACUGGCUACAAGACUGUGUAUGACAGUGACUGGCUCACCCUGCAGAUGAACCGGCUCCUUCGAGCUGCCUUUUCUGAUCUCCGCGUGGCCUUUGUGGAUGCCUGGGAAAUGACCUCCAGCUUGGCCCUACCAGACAACAUCCACCCAGUGAAGCUCAUUGUCAGCAAUGAGGUGGACCUACUCCUCUCCUUCAUCUGUCCCACCUGAGCACUCCGGGUGCCCUGGGACUGUGAUCACAGUGUGCCUGGGGCCUGACCACAGAACCUGUAAAGAGGAAGGGUGGAACAACCAACUCACAGUGACGGUCAGAAGAGGAGUGACUCAAGGUUUACCAUCUGGCUAAAUUCUGAACAUUUGGAUGACCAUCUUUCUUCCACCUGUCUUGCACUACAUUGAUAAAUUUGUAAUUUAUAUAAACAAGAGCAUACUUUACAUGCAUUCUUUUAAAUUCCUUUCUUUGGAGAAAUUUUUACUGGCUAAAUUGCAUGUGAUGCAGUUAUAAGGAGCAGCACAGAGAUCCUUGGGCCCUUUGUUCAAUUUCUCUUGAUGCCAUCAUUUUGUAAACUAGUUCAGCACCAUAACCACGAACAACCCACAGUCCUACUCAGAUGUCCCAUUUUUGCUGUACUCUUGUUUUUUGUUUUGUGUGUAUGUGUUUGGUGUGUGUGUUUUAUAUUACUGGAGACUGUCUUUGCACUCAACUCCUCCCAUUCUGCCCUUUUUAAUUUUUUAAUUUGAGACAUGGACUUGCUAUGAUUCUAAUUCGUCGAGACUGGGCCACCUCCUGCCCAGUCGAGAAUUUGCAGUUCUCCUGCCUUAGCCUCCCACAGUGAUGGGAUUACAGAUGGAUGCCCCCACAUCCAGCAGUUUGCUUAAUUUUUGUAAUAUUGGUUGAACCCAGAGUCUUGUAUGUGCUAAACCAGUGCCAAACCACUGAGUUACAACCCCAGCUCCUACUACAUUCAUGUGUAUAUACUUAGAUUUAUGCAACUUUUAUCGUAUGCACGUUUGUGUUUUAUUCUUGAACAUCUACUUUGUAAGCUUUGAAAAGGAAAAAAGAAAAUACCCAAGAGUUUAUCCACACUGACAAGUUUGAUGAGAAGACCUAGAUAAAAUGAGGUUUCAAAAGGA